GCUGGCCAAGAGCGCAGACAGCGCCUUUCAGUCACCAAAGAGACACAGGACUUGCUUUAUUUCUUUUGAAAUAAUUAUUUGUAACAGAGUGCUUGUUUUCAACUUUAUUAAUAACGUUUGGCGGGGAGGUGGAGUUUACAAAUCAAGAAAAAUACUGAAUUGGCUUGAUAAUUUUUUUUUCUGGAUAUUUGGGGAAGAGCGCUGCGCACCUUCUGUAUACGUGCCUUUGGAGCUGCAAUUCAAAAUGACAGAUGUCGUCUCGGCAAUGGAUACAGAGCCAAACAUCCCGGCGAGCAUCCUCGAACUGGAGUCAGAUCAGAGCCUUGGUUCUCCUAAGAGUCCGCCCCUGGACCUGAUUGACACAGGAAAAGGACUGAAAGUACAAACCGCGACCCCUCACCUAGUCAGCCUGGGCAGCGGAAGGCUCAGUGUAGCCAUUACUCUACUACCUCUAAAGGAGGGAGUGACACACAUUGGCCGUGAUGAUGCCCCUGUACCUCAGGACAUCACUAUUGAGGGUCCCGGCAUUGAAGCCGAACACUGCAGGAUUGAGAACAGAGGAGGGGUCGUCACUCUUGACCCAUGCGGACACCUGUGUUCACUCGAUGGAGUUCCUGUUACCAGACCCACACUACUUACGCAAGGUUACACACUCUGUUUGGGUAAAUCUUAUAUCUUUCGCUUUAACCAUCCUGAGGAGGCCAACCGUAUGAAAAGCAUGCUGCCUCAGAAGAGCCCCGUCUCUCCACUGGUGUACAGCACAGAUUAUCUGAAGUUCAGCAGUGACUUCAGUCAUUGUCUGGGUGUCUCUGGCUCUAGAGGGAUGCGCUCCGUCUCCGAACUGCGGGAUUUGAUGGACACUUUACAAAAAAAGAAGCAGGCAUUGGAGAACAGCUUGCGAGCCAAUGGGGAAUCAACCCCCUCCUACUUCAGCAUGACACAGUCUCCGCCCACCACACCCAAUUUGAUGUCUACCAUCACCACGUCCUCCCAAAUAUCCUAUCAAGAACAAACCCGCCGAUUGUACAGCUCCGAAAGGCCACCACUUGUGGCCAAAGUGCCAGGACAUUCAUCCAGUGGCAUGCCUCCAUCUCCUCGCCGUUCUGACCCUCGAGAGCGCGACACAUCACUUCCUUAUUCUCGAACCAUGAGCCAGAACCAAUCUCAGGAUAGUCUGCUCCUCAAUACGACGGGCAGUCGUCGUGCCUGGACCUCAGGCACAGCGCUCUCGAUGUGGAACGGCUCAUCCACCGUUGCGACUGAUUCCCUCCCUUCAACACCAGUGGGCGGUAGUGGUGCAGCCAGCAUGCCAUCUAGUCCCCGUCUGUCUCGUAGAUUCAAUGCCCCAGAUGCAAGCCAUAAUGGAGGACUCGAAACUGCUCCACGACAAAGAAAGUACUCCGCUGGGUCACUUACAAGCAUGAGCUCACACAGUCACUCACUACCACGACUCUGUCGACCUGCCGACACUCAGCUUACCCUCCUGCCAAAUUAUCAGUCUCCUGAAAGGCAGCUUUCUCGUCCAAAUGUUGCCAGCCAUCAGAAUGGUAAUUCUGAGGCAAUCUCUAUCUCGCUGUCUAACAGACCAGAUACCAAACACACCGUAGCACCUCCGGAUGUCACCAUGACAUCGGGAGAAGCCAUCAGCCCCCGCCAAGCCAAGAAGGUGAGUUUGACAUCCACCAACUGCAACUCAGAACUGGACAGGCAAGCCAUGCGUGGUCCCUCGCCGACUCUGGAGAUUGGUCUCGGGGAGAGGAGGCAAUCAUUUGGAAAGGCAGGGCUGGGUCCGCCGAGUGGCUUCAGGGAGAGAAAGGGCAGCAUCAGCUCUCUCAGUGGAAAGGAAGAGCUUCAAGACUACCAUCAGAGACAGAGGGACGAAAGAUUGCGGGAACAGGAAGUGGAGAGACUGGAACGUCAGCGUCUGGAGACUAUCCUUAAUCUGUGCUCUGGGCUGGGCCGUGCAGAGCAGGACAAAACUGGCUUGGCCGUUGCAGACUUGCAGAAGAUCAACAAGGAGUUGGAGAAAUUACAGGUGUCAGAUGAUGAGUCUACGUUCUCAGACUCUGCAAGUCUGUCAGCCAGCAUUCCUGCUGAAAAUGACUAUGGGAUUAAAGCCUGGGAGACCCAGUCCAGCGAGGAGAGACAGGAACGACAGCACAAGAGCAGUGGACACAGAGAAGUCAGGGCGGAGACAACAGCUGUCCUUGGCUCUGCUCCCACCCCUUCUCCUCGGCUGACACGGAUAAACAAGACGCCUGAGGACGACACACAGCUGAAGCUGGAUGUGAGAUGUAUAGAAGAGGAGAGGAUCCAGGUCCUGAAUAAUAUGGAAGAGUUAGAGCUGAAGAUCAAAGACCUGGACAACCAGAUGGAGGAGUCCAUCAGAGAGUUGGAAGUGGAGCGCGCUCUGUUGGAAGGUGAGCAGGAUUCAGAGACGGCUCAGCUACAGCAGGAGAAAGACGCUUUGGAGAAACUUAAAGAGAAGAUUGCUGACAUUGAGAACAAAGCACAGACGGAAAAAUCUCAGGACAAAGCCAAGCUAGAUGCGGAGCGUGUAAAGUUAGAGCGACUGGCACAUCUGCUUGCAGAGCAGAAGACUCAGUUGGACACCUGCCCCGAAGCCUUGAAAGAGCAACUUCAGCUGCAGCUCUGCAGGGAUGCAGAGACACUAGAGGUGGAGACCAAGCGGUUUGAAGACCUAGAGUUUCAACAGCUGGAACGACAGAGUCGUCAGGAUGAGGAGAAAGAGACUCAGACACAGCAUAUUCUCAGGGAGAUCGCAGAAUACCAGAGGAGCACCGUCACACGGAAGGAGAGGCUCCUGGCCCUGAAGAAACAGCAUACCCAGAUUUCCCAGCAGGCUCAGAGGGACAAGAACAACUUUGUGAAGGAAAAGAAUAAUCUUCAGAUGAUGCUACAGCAGGAAAAAGAGAAUUUCGUCAACUUGGAGAAGAAAUAUUCUGAGCUCACUGGGGAAUUGGGUUUCCCUGUUAGUCCCAUCAGUAUGAAAGAGGAAUGCUUCCAGUUGGCCGAUGUGUGUCCACCUCAUAGUGAAUUUUGCCAUGCCCACAAAACCCUGUCUCCACUUCCUGCUGACCGGCUGAUGUUUUCUUCUAUUCUUUCCUCUCUGACUAUCAAAAAUUCUGAGGGCUAUGUUACAGUCAAUGAGAUCAAUGAACUGUAUUCUCAGCUGGGGGUAGAUCCCACCCUAGAACCCCUCCCCACCCAAGCUCAGUCCUCUCCUGACGCCCCUGCCACAGGGACUGACCCCAGUCCUGCAGAGAGCACUGCCCCGACGGGAGAGGGUGAGCACUCUCCCUCUUCCUGUCCACUAUCCUCCUCUAUCCCCUCUUCCUCUUUCGCUGCAUGUUCUCGUGCCAAUCCUAAACCUCCCUAUGUGCACUGGCCUGAAGACAUGGUCACCUUCUUCAACCCUUUUCCUGCUCCUCCUCCUCUACCUGCCAAAAAACGGUGCCACCACAGGCAGCAUUUCCGCACACUAGAAGAAAGAAAGCGGUACGGUAAGGAAGGCGAAACUCAUUUGAGUGACACUCUUCCUCGGAAGAAGACCCAGCCCACCAUAGCCCCACAGUUCACCUGUGCCACUCUGGGUCGUAACAUACCUUCUAAAUCUCAUCCACCUUUAGCUCAAAGCUCCAGCUGUGGGAGUGUGUUGACCCGAGCCCUUGCCAUCUCCCCUAAAGAGACACACUUGGAUACACAUCGCCUGCUCAAGGGGCACAGUCAGCAGCAGAUUGGCGAGGAGCAGCGAAUGAGGUUGAGUGAGCUUGCUGGCCGUACAUCCUCACAGACUAACGUCUACCUAGAUUCCUUUGGAUACCAAGACAAUGGCCGUGCCUUUGACACGCUGAGUGUGGACAGCUCAGACAGCAUGGAAACCAGCAUUUCUGCUUGCUCGCCGGACAACUUCUCCAGUGCCAGCACCUCCAAUGUUUCCAAGAUCGAGGAGAUGGAACGUCUUCUCCAGGAGGCUCAGGCCGAGAAGCACCGGCUCCUGGAACACAGGGAGAGAGAGAUGGAGAGCAAGAGCAUGGCUCUUGAAGAGGAGAGGAGACGGCGAGAAGAACUAGAAAAACGGCUGCGAGAAGAAACCUGCAGGAGGCAGAAACUCAUCGAGAGAGAGGUGAAACUUCGUGAGAAACAGAGAGCACAGUCUCGUCCUCUCACACGCUACCUACCUGUAAGAAAGGAUGACUUCGACCUUCGUAGCCACAUCGACUCAGCCGGCCACAACACAGAGACUUGUUACCACGUCUCCAUCACAGACAAAACCUGCAGGGGCUUCCUCGUUAAGAUGGGCGGCAAAAUCAAAACCUGGAAGAAGCGCUGGUUUGUCUUCGACCGUAACCGCAGGACCCUGAGUUACUAUGCAGAUAAACAUGAGGCCAAACUGAAAGGAGUGAUUUAUUUCCAGGCCAUAGAGGAAGUGUAUUACGACCACUUAAAGAGCGCCCACAAGAGUCCAAACCCUUCACUCACGUUCAGUGUGAAGACUCAUGACCGUGUCUACUACAUGGUGGCACCCUCUCCAGAAGCUAUGAGAAUAUGGAUGGAUGUUAUCGUAACAGGAGCGGAGGGAUACACUCAGUUCAUGAUUUAGAUGUUGUCUGCUGGCAGAGAAGGAAUAAUAUGUGCAUUGUGUGGACUUAAAAACCUUGAUCUGCCCUAUUUCAUAUGCUGGUUUUAGUAUUGAUUCCCCCAAACGCAGGACUGAUCUUAUUAUUUUUGCAUUUGUAUCAGUUUUUCAAUCUCAGUCCACAGUAUUGAAGUUUUUCUGUUUGGCUGCCUUUUAUUAUUUUUAUGCAAUAUGACUUGUUGGCCCAGAUGAUGGAAUGGAACACAUAUCCUAUAAUUCUAUGCAAAUGUUUGUGUAUAUGUCUUUUGGUAUUUUUGGUAUUUCGUCUGUCUGAUUGUGUGAAGAGAGAAAGACUUGUUAAAUUAUAUUCAGUACCAGUGGUGCCACUUUGUGUGUGGUCUGUUUGCUACCUUGUGUACAGGACCUCAGGGACACACACAUUAUAAUAUAAACAGCUGUCAGCUGUUCUGCCAAAGAUGAAAUGCACACUGUACACACCCUAUCGAGUUUAUGCGUGUGUUGGUGUUUGCCAGUGCCUUCAGUUCUAUAUUAUACUGAUGCCUUUAUACUCAACAUUCAGAUUAAGCAAAGGUGCCAUAAGCCACGCAUUUGUGGCUAUUUUAACACUACAGUUAUUUCGAAAUGCUUCCAAAACACUAAAGCUGCUUGCCAUUCAGGUAUUACACAGAUUUUAAAGGAUAGAACAUCCUGUGAAUUAUACUACGCAAAGACAAAGUUUUUAGUAUGUUUUAUAACACUUGAUCAUUUUAGCAUAUGUAGCAUUUGGAUUUUUAUGAACCGUGUUGACUGCUUUUGGCCCUUUUUAUGUUAUCAUUACUUACGUAAUCAGUAAAACAAGGUGAUCCUUAUAAUUAACCUUCAGGUUAAGCCAGUACUGAAAAAAAAGAAAAAAAAAAAAACCUUGUCCGUGAUUUUCUAUGGUUUAUGUUUAUACAAUUUUGUGUUAGUACGAUUUUAUUAGUACAAGUCAAAUCAGACUGAAUUUAAAGUGUAAUUUAAUUAUCUCCAGCAGGGGGCGACAGCCAUCUGAGGCGUUCACACGUGCUGAACAAGUUAGCCAUAUAAGCUUUCUUCUGUGAAUUAGCCAGUAGUCUGUUUUAUAUAUUUUGUUAAUAAUCAUAAAGAUGUAUAUUUAUACUUUUGUUUACCAUGCAUUGACCUUCAUUUUUGCAUACUGCAAAAUAAAACAGAUGCAUUAUGUUGUCUGUGA